GCUGCCAACGAUUUUGGUCGUGAACUGCCUACAAACAACCAGGUUGCUGAGGAUCAGAUAUGGCGAACCCACUGCAUAUCAGAAGAAAGGAGUAAAAAGGUCUUCCAAUCAAAGUGGGGAUUUCUUCAAGGCCCAUUGAGUAAAUUCGUGGAAGAUGAGUUAGAUAAGCUAGUGGAUCCCAAUCGCCCGGACUGGAGGACAAUGGUGCAAAAACCCGCAGAAGAUCCGGUGCCCCUGAGCAAAUAUAUUCACGUUCAGCCAUCCCCUCAACCAUUUCCAAAAACCACUGCUGGCAUGAUCGGAUGGCGUGCAGUUGAUCCCAGAAACUGGCCUGAUAGAUAUGGACGAUAUUAUCCCGGAAGAGAUGAUAUAGUCAAACAAUUGAACUGGCCCAGAGAUGUCCCG